GCCGAACAACGUCGUCGGCGCUCUCUACACCUUCUACCUCAUUUCCAAGGCCAUCUGAGAGUGCGGAGCAGUCAAGAGAAGUAUGUUUCACCCCCUCAGAUGGCCGGGACCUCCCUAAGCCAAACCGCGAUUGCGUGGCGUGAAAGCGCGACCGUGAUUAUUUUUUCGCCGGAAUCUACGCCAUAG